AUGGCCUGGGGUAUUGAGGUUGAAAGCGUCGUUAGCCUUCUCCUUGAAAAGCAUUGUUGUGAGCUAUCGUGCCCUCCGACAGUCUUGAGAACAGAUUGUCAGGAAUCGGUGCGAACAGCGACAACAUACCUUCCUGAGCGCAAUGCUUGGGCUAGCACCGUCCCCACCCAGGACCAGGUCCUUGUCCCUGAGACCCUCCUGAAGAAGCGCAAGAGCCAGGAGCAGGCUCGCGCUGCUGCCCGCGAGGAGGCGCAGAAGAGGAAGGAGGCCAACAAGAAGAAGCGUGAGGCUAUCUUCAAGCGUGCUGAGGCCUACGUCAAGGAGUACCGCGAUGCUGAGCGUGAGAAGAUCCGCCUUGCUCGCGUUGCUCGCCAGCAGGGUAACUUCUACGUCCCUGACGAGCCCAAGCUGGCCUUCGUUAUCCGUAUCAAGGGUAUCAACAAGAUUGCUCCUCAGCCUCGCAAGAUCCUGCAGCUUCUCCGUUUGGUCCAGAUCAACAACGGUACCUUCGUCCGUCUCACCAAGGCCACCCAGGAGAUGUUGACCAUCAUCAACCCCUACAUCGCUUACGGUUACCCCAACCUCAAAAGUGUCCGUGAGCUCAUCUACAAGCGUGGUUACGGAAAGGUCAACAAGCAGCGUGUCCCUCUUACCGACAACCAGGUCAUUGAGGAGGCCCUCGGCAAGUACGGCAUUGUCUGCAUGGAGGAUCUGAUCCACGAGAUCUACACUGUUGGCCCCAACUUCAAGCAGGCCAACAACUUCCUCUGGCCCUUCAAGCUCUCCAACCCCACUGGUGGCUUCCGCACCCGCAAGUUCAAGCACUACAUCGAGGGUGGUGACACUGGUAACCGUGAGGAGAACAUCAACGCCCUCAUCAGACAGAUGAACUAG